UCCCCUUCCUCGCCCUGCCUGCGCUGGGCUCUGUUACAUUUCCAGCCCUCUCCUCUCCUCUCGCUUUUUUUACGCAAGCGGACGUCCGCGACACAGCGACACCAGUGCGCGCUUCAGGCGAGAGAGCGAAGGCACGGCAGGCAGACGGUCGGGGUACCGGAGCGACGACGCGGCGGUGUGUCCGUCUUUGUUGGAAACCGGCGGACUGGAUGGUGGAUUUGUGUAUUCUGUGGAUUUGGAUCAGGGGCUAGGAUAACUUCGCAUGGGACAAAACCCGCCUUCUUUCAUGUCAUCCAGCGAUUUGUGUCGCCCGGCGUGUUGACGCCAGUGGAAACUGAGGCUUUUCUUUUUUUUUUUUUUUUUAGGGGAGCGCAAUUGACAGAUAAGGCGACAUGAAUAUACACGCGUUUCCGUCCACCAGCUGCACAGGAUAGAUGCAAUCAAAACGGCUUCUGAUUUCAAAUAUGAUUUCAGGCUUGUAGCCUAAUGCAGCAACGUGGGUCGGCAUAAACGGAGACGAGGAAAAGAUGCGCUGCUGCAUGCUUGAGGUUUUGCGCCGUGAGGCAGUGUGUUAUUAACGAUUUGCACGGCGUGGAAUAAUGCAUCGAGACACAACUUUGUUCACAGGCCUGGCAGACUGCGAGACGUUUGAUUAUCUCUUCUAAAAGUGCAUUUAUUUGUUAGCCCGGCGUAUGCUACAGUGAUCCUGUUCUUGAAUACAGCUCAGUGCUUCUGUAAACGCCACUGUCAUUUAUCUAUCAGCCCGAAGCUGCUGUUUUUAUUAAACCCAAAUCCUGCAGUCUAUUGAUGUCAGUGAUUGCGUUAUUCAGAUAAAUCCCUAAAGCUCCGGAGUUGCUGCCAAAUGAUUGGUAAAUUGUUGAUGUAGGCAGGCCUAACCUUCGCUUAUAUGCAGAUCCAAUCGAUAGCGCGAUAAAGACAGCUCUGGUAGGCUGUUUAUGCUACUCUGUAAGUGUCACGGGGGUGUGUUUUAAAUUCCCGCAUAUCUAGUUUUUAUACAUGACUCAAGGCAGCAGAGAAGCUGCUGAAUAGAGAGUGGAGACUGUCAAAACACUGUGCAGUGUCGGAGAAAAUACUUUAAGGCAACGUCAGAAGAAAAGUUUCAAUGGUUUUCCGAAAGUUGCCCGGUGUGUCGGCAUCGGGCAUGGGUCUGCGCCUGUCCCAGAAAUUCGUGUUUCUGCUCUUUCUCUCGGGUUUGGUAACACUGUGUUUUGGGGCCCUUUUCUUUUUACCCGACUCUGUCCGACUAAAACGCAUUUUUCUCUCCAAGACGGAGACCCAGCCAGUCACUGUUGGCUCCGGGUCCGAGAACGAUGCCAGGGAGCACUUAAAAAGACCCAAGGAACAGGAGCACCCUCGGGGCAUGACCUCCGCCAAGGGGGAGACCAGCACCAAGCUGAAAAGUCUGAGCCGCAAACCGUCCGUCUCUCACGAGACAACCGAUGAGCGGCUCGCCGGGGGCAAAGCGCAGGAGGAUUUGACUCCGCCGAGGUCAAAAACGGAGUCCGCCUCUCAAAAGGCUACAUCUUCUGACCAUGGUGGCAACUCGGAUACUUUCAGUUACAACAAGUUCAAAAGGUGUCUGCUCAAGCCCCCGCUGGGGAGAGACAACGGGAAGCCGAGCGACCCCAAGACCAACGAGCGCCGGGAAAAAGUCAAAGAGGUGGCCUGAGAGGAGCCUCCAUCAUUGACUCACUGGACACACUAUAUAUUAUGGGAUUGAUGGAAGAAUAUAACGAUGCGAAGGAGUGGGUGCAGACCAGCCUGGACCUAAACUCUAACGGUGAGGCAUCACUCUUUGAGGUGAACAUCCGUUACGUUGGCGGGUUGCUGUCGGCGUACUAUUUGACAGGACAGGAGGUAAGAUUAAUAGAUGUCUGUUGUCCCUCUACUCUAGCGAGAUCUGCCGCUUCCUUUAUCCCCAACCAGCCCUGCAGUUUGAAUGAUGAAUAAGCUGCCUCUGUGACU